AUGGCGGAAUUUACUAGAAUGGAUUCGUCACCAAGCUGUGAAUCACCGUCCAGUGAACCAAUGUUAGAUGGUGAACAACAGAUACUACUCGAAUUACUUGAGGAGAACACAACACAAUAUGCUAAAGCAGCUAGUGCGCUGUACUUCAGACGCAUUUUCACAACCGAUUUGCCCAGUGAAGCACGUGAUCCGAGCAAAUACGCUCGAUUGGUAGAACUCCUUCUACGUAUCAUAUCCAAUGAUACGCAUCCAGCAGAGACAAGAGUCAACGCGGCUUGGGCUAUCACCAAUAUGGCAUGCAUGUCUGAUAAAGUCAAUCAUCUGAUUGUCGACAAGGGAGGAAUUGAAACACUAAUGAGUGGCGUCAUUGCUGGUACCGGCGAAUUCCGUAUCCAAUGUAUAUGGGCCUUGGGGAACAUAGCUGCUGAUUGCGGUAACUGCAAGGAAAAGUGCCGCAAUACCGGACUCAUUACAGUACUAGCCAGACUACUCUCUCAAAAAGUUCACACCGAUUUGCCUGACCUAAAGAAUAUCGUAUGGUGCGUGAUGAACGUCCUACGCGGCGGAAUUCGCAAUGGGACCGUACCAAUUACGACAAUACAAAUGUUGGUCUCGUCGCUGUUUGCACUUUCAAGGAAGUAUGCAGUUUGGACGGAAUUAGCGAAGGAUUGCCUAUGGACGCUCGCGUCAAUUGCCGACGAUAUGCAUCAGGGAACACAGAUCGACGUUGUGUUGAAUGAACCUGAUCUGAUAGACACAGCGUUCGAAAUCCUUGAUUCGCAGUUCAGCGAUCUCCAUCACGGUGCUUUACGGAUUCUCGGGAACAUAAUCACCGGGAAUGAUGUGCAGACGGCAGCAGUUGUAUCUCAUCCACGAUUCUAUGAUAUAUUGUCCGUACGAACAAUAAAAGCCCACUGGUUCAUCUCGAAAUUUCGUUCUCCUUCUGAAAGUGCCAAGAAAACUUACCGCUCAAUGUCAUAUCAAUCGCGUCCCGAUGUGCGUAGAGAAGCUGCGUGGAUGUGUUCCAACAUAGCUGCAAGCAGUCAGGAUCAUAUGGAUUUGUUGUUUCUGGAUUGGAGCAUCUUCGAAAUGUUACUGGAAGGAGUCAGGUCAUCGGAGAAGAAACUCAAGAAGGAAUGCAUGUGGACAAUUGUAAACUUACUUACUGGAGCAAAUGAAGAAAAAGUGCGACUAAUGGUAGCGUCUGGAGUCUUUUAUCUUUUCCCAAUACUUCUAUCGACGUCCGACCUUCGACUAACUGAACGAACACUUCACGCUUUACGCAGUUUGCUGCCAUUUUACCCGGAGCAUGCCACGCUCGUUAAAGAUUCGAAUAUGUUAUCAUUAGUGAAGACGAGAUUUAUUGAAACCGAUCAGCAUAUACAGGAACUCAAAAAUGAAAUCGAAUCCUUCAUCAACUCUCGAUCAGUGCCGCUGAUUCCGUCGUGCACAUUCACAUUCGUCAAUUAA